AUCAGAAAACCCAUCGUCAGUAAUAAACUCGGUGUUGCUUUCUUCUUGCGUUUUUCUUAAAGCAUUUGAAGCUUGAUUAGUGUAGGAAACUUAAAGUUUAAAAUUUUAUCGCACUUGCAUUAACUUUUUUUGCGUAACACUGCUAUUUAUUCAGCUCACUGAAUCCAACAAAUGUGACAAAUUAACGUUGUCGGGCACAUACAGUAAUUUUCAGUGAAUUCCAGUCCGUUCACUUCUAAUAUCUACGUUGAUAAUAAAGAUACCAGCGGUUAAACAUAGUUAUGCCAUCGUAUAUUUAUAACAUCAAACAGAGUUUAUGUCGAAAUUCAAUAAUUUUGUGGGUUCUCGUAAUUGUGACUUACAUCACUUUUUAUCUGAGCUGUUCACCACUGAAAGCUGCAGAUUUUAGAAUAGGAAAAAAUCGCAGUGCUACAGAAGGUCGUGUAUUGUGCUGGGUCAUGACCAACCCGACAAAUCACAGAAUGAAAGCAAUUCACGUUCAACGGACAUGGGGCCGACGUUGCAACAAAUUAAUAUUUAUGAGUUCUGAAGAAGACCCUGAAUUGAGUAGUGUAGUAGCACUAAAUGUUGAAGAAGGGCGCGAUCAUCUUUGGGCUAAAACGAAAGAAGCGUUUAAGUACAUAUACCAGCAUCAUCUCGACGAAGCCGAAUGGUUUCUGAAAGCUGACGACGACACAUAUGUUAUUGUCGAAAAUCUGCGAUUCUUUCUCAAAGAUUUCGAUUCGAACAAUGCGGUUUCCCUUGGCUGUAAAUUUACACAAGGAUUCUUUAGUGGAGGAGCAGGAUACGUUCUGAGCAAAGAAUCGGUCAAACGGUUCGUGGAGAAUAGUUUAUUAGACGGAAGCAAAUGCCGCCAAGAGCACGAUGGUCUCGAAGACUUAGAGAUGGGUACUUGUUUGUAUAACAUUGGCAUAGAAACAACAGAUACCAGAGACACUAUUGGUCGCUACCGGUUUCUUCCGUUCAACCCUCAGAUUGAAGUAGUACCACGAAAUCCGUCAGAUAAAUAUUGGUUCUACAUGUACUAUCCAGAAAGUAAGGGUGAGAAUUUAGAGACCGUUUCUGCUAACCCGUUACAUGAUUACAUAGCCGAUGAAAUGCAUCCAAUGGAUUAUAUGUCCGAUCGUGUUAUUUCAUUUCAUUACGUACCUCCAAAGCAAAUGUACUUUAUGGAUCAUCUACUCUACCACGUAAGACUACACAAAGUUUAAGCUAAAUAGAAGAAGAAAUGAAAAUGUAAGUAAUGAAAAAUGCUAGAGUAAGGCACCCAAUUGUGGAACACAUUGAGGAAAAAUUAAAAAGC